AAAACAUUCCGCACAUGUUCGCUCUUCAUUUUACCGCCGCUACAACAGAAUUGCAGAUCAUCCCCGGUAACCCCAAUGGCUCCAAAGAGGGGAGUGAAGGCACCAGCUGCUGUCGCCAAGAAGAAAACCGAGAAGGUUGUAAAUCCAUUGUUCGAGAAAAGGCCGAAGCAAUUCGGGAUUGGAGGUGCGUUGCCACCCAAGAAGGAUCUGACUAGGUUUGUGAAAUGGCCGCUGAACGUAAGGAUUCAGAGGAAGAAGCGGGUUCUCAGGCAGCGGCUCAAGGUCCCACCUGCUCUCAACCAGUUCUCCAAAACUCUUGACAAAAAUUUAGCCACCAAUCUCUUUAAGAUGCUGCUUAAGUAUAGGCCAGAGGACAAAGCAGCAAAGAAGGAGAGGUUACUGAAAAGGGCCCAAGCUGAGGCCGAAGGAAAGACUUCUGAGGCCAAGAAGCCUAUUGUGGUCAAAUAUGGUCUGAAGCAUGUGACCUAUCUGGUCGAGCAGAACAAAGCUCAAUUGGUUGUUAUUGCUCAUGAUGUCGAUCCGAUUGAGUUGGUUGUUUGGCUUCCUGCCUUAUGUCGGAAAAUGGAAAUCCCCUACUGUAUUGUGAAGGGAAAAGCACGAUUGGGCAGCAUUGUUCACAAGAAAACCGCAUCGGUGUUGUGCUUGACAUCUGUCAAGAAUGAAGAUAAAUUGGAGUUCAGCAGGAUCUUGGAGGCUAUUAAGGCUAACUUCAAUGAUAAGUUUGAGGAGAACAGGAAAAAGUGGGGUGGUGGAAUCAUGGGGUCAAAAUCCCAAGCUAAAACUAAGGCAAAGGAGAAGCUUCUUGCUAAAGAACUAGCUCAAAGGCUGUCUUAGGGAGAUUAGUGGUUUUCUAAUUAUUGUAUCCCUUUGGAGUUUGGAUUAUAGGCUCUAAGCCCCCCGCCUGUUUUGUCGGUUUGCUUUUAAAGUUUUGCAGCAUAGACAUACAAAUAUAUAAUCUAUGUUUGACGUUUUAUUCAGGAUCAUGUUUUGGUUUCAGAGUAUUGUUUUGUUAUGGAUGAAGUUUGUGGUAAACGUAAGUAACUUGUUAUUGUUAAGUGCUGGCUAAAGAGAAAAAGUUCUAGCAGUUUUUAACAGCCUUGCGGUUGGUUGGGUAACUUUAUUUCUAACUGGAUCAGGUACAGGGCAUGUUUUCCGAUGUGCAGAUUUUGAUGGUCAGGCCUUUCUUUUUUGAACACUUAAUUAAGGUUUAUACAUAGUGCCUUUUGAGGUGGUGUUAAAGAAAACUUUGCAUGUGAAACUGAAGGUAUCCAUUUUAAUUGAGUAAUGGAUGAGAUGCCAAUGUUAGCCUAUCUGUAUGGAAUGAAAUGCGAAUUGUACAUAUUUCUGAUAGUCCCUCUCUCUCUCUCUCCCCGCCUGUUAACUAAUGUUACAAUCUUCAAUCUUUUCUUUUCUAUGUAAAUACAAGAAUUCUUCUUUGUUAAUACGGGACCAACUAAAGAAACGUGAAGUCACAUGAAUCUACCACCAGAUGAGCUGAAUUGGGUUGGUCAGGAAUGCAUUCGCAAUGGCAUAUCUAUGUGUCCACUCCACACAGGUAGGCCAGAUAAAACUAUACACAUCACCGGGCAACAAAACCGGUAGAUAUUGAGCACUUGUUCAUCUCCCUUGGUUUUUCCGAAACCUUGCGAAUCAACAAGGUAGAGUAGUAGCACUUGGCAUGUGCGUGAAAGGACGCCAUCCCCAGCACUCGUGGCGGCGAUAAGAGAGGCUAGUUGGAGAGUUUUGGAAUGGGGGAACAUAGGGAAGGGGCAUCAUGGGCUUGGGUUGCAUAUAACAAAACAAAGGGAGUGUGGUGGUUUGGGUAGAAGUUGUGGUGGGUGGAAAGAAGAGAUACAGAACCGUGAAUGGCGGCAAAGAUUGUGAGAAGGAUAAUUAGGUGGGGAAUGAGAGUAGUACCAUCAUUCAUGUUGAAGGUGGGAUUCCACAAUGACUGGGAUUCGGUCUUUCUCCGAUGAAGGAGAAAAGCAAAGAUGAAUUGUCCACAGUGGUGACUUUAUUCCAGGGGAUUGAAUUAUUAGGGGGUAAGAAGAUGAUGAAGCCUGCGGUGUGCUGGCUGAGAUUAUUCAUUAUUGGAUUUUUU